GGCACCUGCAGCGCCAUCUUUGUAGCAACACUCGCUCGGCGGACGAUCGUAAUCCUCCUUAAAAUAGCCAUGAACAAUUUCCUAAGUGAAGACGCACCUUCCAGACCAAGCCCUAUACAACUCGUCGACGACCCCAAAGCACGCAACAAAGCCUCUGCAUCCCGUCCACUGGAACGUGGCGAAGUCAUACUAGUCUCUGCAUCUCUGUCUCUCGCACUUCUUCCAUCACAAAAGGGUAUUCGAUGCGACUUCUGUCUUGCUCUCCCCAGCAAAAGUCGCAAGCUGGGAAAGUGUUCUGGAUGCGCGGCGUACUGGUAUUGUGGCCCAGAAUGUCAAAAAGAAGCCUGGAGCUCACAUCAUAAGAAGAUAUGUAAAACAUUUGCUACAUACGAGGCCUCACCGGAAUAUUCGUGCCUCGCGGACGAUCAAAAAGCAGACGCCGUCCUUCUAUCUCACCUUAUUGCCGAAAUAGCGUUGAAGUCGCUGUCUAGUGUCGACUCAGUGACAGACGACGUUCCCAGCCUUUCAUCCGAGCCCUUCAUGUUUGGCACUUUCCUGUCUUUGUUAGGCCACGACAAUCAUCCCGCUCCACCGCCUGUAGCGUGUCGGCCAGGUCACAACUCGCCGUCGCCGUCAGAAUUGUACUCGCGCUUUGGAAGGAAUAACUUCGUUGUGCAUUCACAUUUGUCCCCCAUCGCGCACGGUAUUUUUCCGGUGGCCAGUCGACUGUUCAAUCAUUCGUGCACACCAAAUGCUGCGGCAAAAUACAUCUUUGGCCGGGAUAAGCCUGGUGUGCGUAUGGUGGUUGUAGCAUUGCGCAAUAUCUCACACAACGAAGAGAUCACCAUUCCGUAUCUCGACCCAGCCCUACCAUUCCUAGAACGUCAGCUUUCUCUCGAACAAAACUAUGGCUUCCGAUGCACAUGUCACGUUUGCUCCUUUGGCUCCCAACUAGCCAGGAACCCCAAUUACACAGGCGACGCCCCACGCGAGGAAGAUAUUCUCGCCAUCCGAGACACGCUUCUCAAUCACGUCGGCCUUAACCUCUCUCUUCCUGCCAGCUACGUCACGCAGGCUCUCAGUGUCGUCAGAAAUAUGCAUGCCAUGCCGGAGACACUGUAUCCACUGCUUCACAAGUCGAUCAUCCCUAGAAUAUCGGAGGAGUUCAGUCAGGCAUCUCACGAGGGCGCGGUGGACAGAGCGACAGAUGUUGGACAUGUGUUGUUGGCGGUAUAUGUUCUGGUUUACCCUCCGGGAUAUCCACAAAUAGGUAUGCACGCGUUAGAGCUUGCGAAGACAGCUUACAACGGCGUUAUCACAAGAACACAGGAGAGUAGUGCUUUGGACAAUAGCGCAAACGAGGAAGAAUUGUUGCGCAGAGCGGGGUGGUAUCUGGCUAUAGCCAAACAUAUACUGCUUAUAUUUGGGCCGGAAGGAGACGUUGAUAGCGGGCCCUUGGAAGAGGCCGAGUUCUUACAUGUUCUCAUAGAAGAAGAGCUAAAUAAUCUUUGAUGUGAUGUGCU